AUGGGAACAGGAAUACCUGCUUCGGGUGGAGCUCCAGGACAGAGUUGCCACUCUAGAAGAGGAAUCUCAAGAAGCCGAGGUAGCACAGGAGGAGCUGGUGAUGAAAGUGCAGGAGCUAAAGGCAGAGCUGGUGCUUUUCAAAGGCCUCAUGAGUAAUAAUCUUUCUGACCUGGAUACGAAGAUCCAGGAGAAAGCGAUGAAGGUCGAUAUGGACAUCUGUCGCCGAAUUGACAUCACGGCCAAGCUGUGUGAUGUCGCUCAGCAGAGGAACUGUGAAGACAUGAUCAAAAUGUUCCAGGUACCCUCGGUGGGUCGGAAGAAGGAGCGGAAGUCUGCGGCGGCUGAGGAGGAACUGUCCCUGGCCGAGAGCGAGAUCUCCCAGAAGAUGGUGGACGAGGAGGAGCUCAGCACCUCCACCAGCAUCAACGAGGAGAUGCAGCGCAUGUUGAACCAGCUGAGGGAGUACGAUUUCGAGGAGGAUUGCGAUAGCCUGACCUGGGAGGAGACAGAGGAGACCCUGCUGCUUUGGGAUGACCUCUCAGGAUACACCAUGUCUUCGGGAGACGUUGUGAAUGAGGAGGAGAGUCUCGAGAAGGUGAUAAAAGACACGGAGUGUCUGUUUAAAACCCGCGAGAAGGAAUAUCAGCACACCAUCGAUCAGAUAGAGUUGGAGCUGUCUGCCGCGAAGAACGACAUGAAUCGGCACCUUCAUGAGUACAUGGAAAUGUGCAGCAUGAAGAGGGGACUGGACGUUCAAAUGGAAACUUGCCGGCGUCUCAUCACCCAGUCUGAGGACAGGAACUCGCCGACCCCUGCUCCCAGGGCGGGAAACCCCUCGGAGGAGCCGCUCCGGGAGGCAGGAGAGACGGGCGGCGGGGAGGCCGCCCGUGACUCCGUGAGGUGAAGGAGGGGCGAGCUGAGAGGACCCCCUCACCACCCGCCCCGCCCCCCCUCCCCUCCUUCCACCUCCCCGAGGCCCAGAGUGGGGGCGGCCUGCACUCUGCCUGAUUCCCCUUUCAUUCCAAGCCGAACUUAUGAUUUCGUGGACGGAGCCUGUAUUUUUUUUGCACUUUUUACUCGUACGGACAUGUUCGCCAUCCCCCUCCC